GUAUUGAGGUUUCUCCGUUCAUGGGAGGUUCCUCUCAAUAGAUUUGGAUAGUUCACGAUGUGCUCCAGCCCACUGAACCAAAAUAUACCAACAUUUCAUUUCCACCCUCGCUCUCACAACAUCCUCUCCAAAUGCUGUAAACCUGUUUCCAAUGCCAAGUAAAAAAGAAAAUACUUCCUAAAGCAGGAGUCGACAACGGUCUAGCCUUCUCAGACAAAUGUUUUCCGUGCAUCUUCCUCUUUGAUUUGGGAAAUAUCCUGACCUUUACACUGGAGUAUAAUGGGAUGCAGCUGUUUUACAGAGAGCGCUGGUGAGAGAUCAGACAUCAGCAUCAUCCAAGUAUGAAGUGAAGAUCAAAGUACAUGUGGACUGCAUGUCUGAUGGGCUGUUUGAUGCGGAUCUGUUUCUUCACAGACUCUUCAGGAUGUCUCUGAUGUUUGGGAAAGCAAGAACUUGUAACAUUGUAACAGUUCCUGAGCAUGAGCCUUCAGAGUGCAAUAUUGUGGUUUUGGGAGCAAUGGGAUCUGGAAAAUCAGACUUACAGGAAGUUUGUCUGUCCCCAGCAGCACUCACUGUGAAAUUCCUCACAAAGCGGUUCAUCAGUGAAUAUGACCCAAACCUUGAGGAUACUUACUCUUCUGAAGAAGUUGUGGACCAACAGCCAGUUCUAGUCAAAGUGAUGGACACCGCUGAUCAAGAUGGACUAGUCAACUGUGAGCGCUAUUUAAGCUGGGCCAAUGCCUUCAUCAUUGUCUACAGCAUUGACAAUCGAAAUAGUUUUGAGUCCUGCCAACAGUACAUAGAGACAGUCACACAUUAUACAAAAGGCCUGCAGCCAGAAGCCCCUGUCAUUCUUCUAGGAAACAAAGUGGACAUGGAGCGAUACAGACAGGUGAGCAAGUCAGAUGGUGCAGCUCUGGCCUCACAGUUUGGGUGUCUGUUCUUUGAAGUUUCCGCCUGCUUGGACUUUCUGUCCGUUCAACACAUCUUUCACAAAGCCAUUCGGGAAGUGAGGCGAGAGACGGAGAGGAGUCCGCUCUUCAUCAGCGAAGACAAGCCUGCGAUCAGCCUGACCUCUGCCCCUCCCCUCACUGCCUGCUAUAAAGAGCUGCCCACUCCAGCCACAGCAAAGCUGGUUACAGUUAAGUCCUCAAGGGCUCAGAGCAAACGCAGAGCCCCCACGCUUACACUCCUCAAGGGCUUCAAGAUCUUCUGACUUACUGUUGCCCUCUUCUGACACUGAAGAGGAUCUGCAUGAGGGAAUGCUUGUCUUUGAGACAUUCGUCUGCUCAUUUUGGCCUUCAUGAAGCUAACAGGACUUGAACGAUUACAAAAACUCACAAACUUGAGAAUGCAAUAAAAAUACACUGUCCUCAAAUAUAUCAGAGUGCUAAUAAAUAUCUUUGUGCAUUUCUGACUAUUCAGAAUUUUUUUCAUACCACUAUUUUACUUUCAUUUUAAUGUCAUGGUGCCAGUUUUCACUUCAUAGGCUAUAUAUUAAUUUUGAAGUCUCCAUUUGGACAUCUUUGUUUAUUUGGCAAAACUCAAAACCAAAGGAAUCUUCAGGACAAAAUAAAGAUUUUAAUCUAUGAUAUUUUUCAUGCUAGGCAGUCAUAAAAAAAAGAAAAAAGAAAGAUUAAUAUUGAUUAAACAUUUUUUAAUUACCACAUUUAUAAUAUAAUAUCACAUGGAGAGAUACAGAAAUGUGUUAAAGAUGAGAAUAACUUACAAUGGACUGUUACAUGGACAGCAGAAAAAGAAAAAUAUUAGAAAUGUGUUACAUAUUAUAUUUAAAAAAUGAAUAAAAUCACUGUAAUUUUUAUUU